UUUUAUUAGUAACAACUCGAAUAAAAAAUUGUUAAAGUUUAGUUUCAUUCUAAUUAAAAUAACUAACACUUGCAGUCAUUUGCCGCUAAAACUUAAGUUUUUCCAAAAGUGUUUUUAAGUAUCAUCUAAUUAAUAUAGUAAUUUUAAUUGUGUUUCUGUGAUAACCUGUCUUGUCUCGAGAUAAUGUUUAUUUUUGAGUAAUUAAUGAUAAAAUCUCUCAAACUGACUUGGUUGUAAUUCUAAAGUUUAAUUAAUCUCAGUAGAAUGCUUGCUGCAAAUAGAGCAGCUCUUAAUAGAGAGCAAAGAACAGUCCAAAAUAGACAUGUAAUAUCAGCUGUACUUUUGAUUGCUCUAGCAAUCCCGAUAUCAAUGUCGUUUUGGAUUAUUAAUAUAUUGUAUUCAAAAUUGACAAAUGAUGGUUUUGAUGAACCUUCUCAUAUACCUCCCUCAAGAUGGUUGGCUGCUUGUAUAAUUCCAAUUCCAAUAGCUAUAUAUGGAUUUAGGCGAAACACUCUUAGUCUUAGUGGUGCAAUUUUUGGAUUCAUAGUUGCAUUUAUACUUAUCCUAGCAAAUUACUGCUUUCUGAUAAAUCUAUUCACAUUCUUUAUAACUUCGUCUAAGGCUUCACAUUUCAGACCACACUUAAAAAGAAAGUUAGAAGAAGACUUUGUAAUUGGUGGUAGAAGAAAUUGGAUUCAAGUUCUUUGUAAUGGGGGAAUGGCUACUCAUUUAGCUAUAUUGUAUCUCAUUGAUGUUGGUUCUUCAGAAAUGCCAAUCGAUUUUAAUAGAAAUUAUAGAGCAUCUUGGCUAAGUAUGGGAGUUCUAGGUGUCAUUGCAUGUUGCAAUGGAGACACAUGGGCAUCUGAAUUAGGGACAGUUCUAUCAAAAUCUGAUCCAUUUCUGAUUACUUCUUUUAAAAGAGUUCCAAAGGGAACAAAUGGAGGAAUGAGUGUCAUUGGGACAGCUCUGAGUACAGUUGGAGGUCUUGUUAUUGGAUUAUCACAUUAUCUUACCAUUUUAUACUUUGCCGACAAAACAUUGCUUUCAUAUGCACCUCCCCAGUGGCCAAUUAUACUCUAUGGUGCUCUGGGUGGAGGAUUAGGAAGUCUUAUUGACUCAAUUAUGGGAGCAACAUUACAAUACAGUGGUAUUGAUAAUGAGGGGAAGAUAGUAUCCCAUUCAAGCUUAGCUGUGAAACAUAUAAGUGGAAGAAAUAUUUUGGAUAACAAUAGUGUUAAUCUAAUGUCAACUGUUUUAAUGGGGCUGCUUUUACCAACUAUAAGCAAAUAUUUUUGGCCUUUAUUGUAAAAUUAAACUGUUACUAUUAUGUUCUGAUUAUAUGUUAGGUGUGAUCUGUGCAUGUCUUCCGGGACUUUACUAUGUCAUAGUUUUUUUUGUACAUUAGUACCUUUUUUUUCUUAUGUGCUGUAAAUGGCUGUGCGGAAACAUCAUAUAGAUUUUUUUUUUGUUAGAACCGUCGCAAAAUUAAGUGACUAGACUUUCUGUAUACUGUUGUAAAUAUUUAUAGCGUGUCCAGAAAGGCCGAAUUUAUCGCGAUACUCUAGCGCGUAAUACGCUCGACCGUUGCGUCCAGAAGGAGUGGGCAUUUUGGGAGUAAUUCAAUCAGUACUCAGUAGACAACAAGAAGUUGAACCAAGCGAGGUUGCAUUAUGGUCAGCUUACUUUGGCUAGAAGAUACAAACGGAAAGCAAAUAGAAUAUAUUUAAUUGUAUCCAAGGUUAAGAAAACAAAUUUUCUAUAACUUCAUUCGUUUGUCCGUUAAAUCUUGGUGAUCUUUUGAAUUUAUGCUUCUUUUGGCGCGUUAGGGAAAAAUUGUCAUAUAUUUGUUCACAAUUCCGUGUCAAGAUUUUUGCGCUCCAUUUCAUUUGUUACUUGUUCUCGCUUUAAACUUGGCGAGUAAGUUGGACGCAUCGGGUCUCUAGUAUCCAGACUCGCUCGAUGCUUGUGCAUACGAUGUAUUUGCGCCCAGUACCUCGCUAACACGCGAAUUUCGCCCCUUCUGGUCUUAGCGGAAGAACAAAGGGAGUUAGCCCACUAUUUUUAUUUAUUGCACAUAAUAUCCUACUUGCUGUCUUGAAACAACUUCGAAAUAAAUUUAAGUACCUACCUACUUAUAAAUUGUUAAAUGUAUGUACCUAUUUUUUUAUUAGAUAUUUACUUGUUGUAUGUUGUAAAACCUACUGAAAUGACAUGUUUAUUUUUUUAAUGUACUUAAAAUUAUGAUAGAUAUAAAUAAGGCUCAUUUUCCGUUCAACAUUAUGUAUAAGUACCUAGGCUGUAAUUUUUUUUAAGUUAUUGUAUCAAUGUUUUCAAAGUUUAUGAGAUAAAAAAAGACUUAUUAUCUAAUGUAUUUUAGUCUGCAAGAAUGAGUCUGAUUAUAAUGUUAGAUCUACUUAAUUAAAUAAUAUAUUUAUUUUA